AGGAAGUGUUAGAUGUUUUAGAGAUAAAUGCAAGGGAGAUGGAUGGAACACAGUGAGAAAAGAGACAGUGAUCAUGUUGGUAAAAGGAUGCUGAGUUUGAAGAGGCCUGAGAAAAACCAAAGAGGAGGUUUAUAGAUGUAGUGAAGGAGGUCGCUGUGCGACCCUUAAAGAGAGCAGCUGAAAGACAAAGAAGAUUCUCACAGAAAAACUUUAAUAAGUAAACUCUUAUUGUGUUAUUAUUAUGAACUAAAUUAAAUAAUGACUCCAUGAGUUCUUAAGGUGACAGUACAUAAUGGAUGCAGGCAAUAGCAGUUGUAAUGUUCGGGUUAAAUCUUGUUUUUAGGAUUAAAAAAAAGGUAAUUUUAUUGUAUUUUUUAUAGACUUUAAGGGAAAUAUGAAUUAAUAUAAAGAAAAUAAAAGCAGAAGAGAUUAUAUUGGACCUCCCACUGCUGAAUGUUUACUGUAGUGGAGCACCGUUUCCCAUGAGCCUCUUGUGUUAGUUCCUCUGCUCUGGUUUGACUGUGGAUCUCUUAAUGAGAUUAUCUAUUCUCAGGACAGAAGAAAGACAGAGAGGAAGCAGUGAACCCACAACAUUCUGGUUCAUUUCAUCUGAAAGAAAAAGGCUGCUUCUCAUUUUGACGAGUAACUGAAGUAUUUAGUUAUCCUGUACGGACUUUCUUUGGAGUUUUCUGGUGUGACCGGUGGAUGACGCACUGAUGAGCCUUAAGCCUGACAGAGAGUUAAGGUGCCGCAAACUCUCCAUCGAACCAGACAGUGAUGACAGCCAAGAAGAUGUAAGCAGAGAGGAGACGCCUCUACCGGGCUGGAAUGAGUUGUCUAUCAUAGAGCGUGUUGGCCUCAACAGUGUGGAAAUGUCAGAGAAGGAUCUGGAGGUGGCAUUCUCUCAGAUCGCCCUGGCUUUCCGCUGUGAUCAGUACACUCUAAAGCAGAGGCUUCAGGCAGAGGAGCAUGCCCGCAACCUGGCAGAGGAGAACAUUCAGCUUGAGCUGAGCAGGGGGAGGGAGACCCUGGAGAUGCUGAAGGGCCUCUGCCUGGACAGCAAACGCAGCACAAUACUGCAAAAGCUGCAGUUGUCUCUGGACAUCCUUGGGGGGACAGUGGAGCGAAUCUCCAACACGGCAGAGGUGCUCGGUGCUGUGCACCAGGAGGCUCGGAUGAGUCGAGCAGUGGAGCUCAUGGUGGCUCACGUGGAGAGUCUGAGGAGGCGUCAUGACAAAAAUGUAGCAGAACUGGAAGAAAUGAAGAAGAUGAUGCAGCAGCAUCCAAGCUCCUACAGAAAUAGCAUCAAUCCAACCACUUCCCCAGAGCCAGAGGAAAGCGACAAGAUGAAAAACUCCAAAGAAGGCGUUUUACGUCGGCGGAUCAGCGCAUCAAUCAUGUCCUGCCAGAGUCAGGAGAAAAAGAAGAAAGACCCAAGAAAGCGAGGCUUUUCUGGUAAAAAGCUCACGCCUUCAUGCUCGUCUCCAUCCCUGAUACUGGAGUCCACCCGUGUCACUAAAGAGGACAGGCAACCUAAUCAAGAUCUUCCAGAAGCGUCAGCUCCCACAUCCACUCUGGAACCUCCUCCUGCCCCCAAACUUGAGGUUUCCCCAUCAGUGCAAGUGAUCCCCAAAACAACACAGAGCAAAAAUGUUUCACUGGAUUCUUUACGACUCCGACACAAAGGCAAAGACGAGCGGUUCAGCAGAGGAAGAGAAAAGAAAGCUGCCAGCAUCCUCAGGCAAAUUGCUAUUUAUGCAAACAGGUAUGGAUCCCUGUGCUGGCAACACCCCCUGACUCUUAGGCUGUAUCGCUGCCGAUGGACGCAUCCAUGUUUGAACCUGUUGGUGCUUUUCUGUGUCAUAAUGACGAUUCUUUUCUUGUGGAAGCUUUAUGAUGACGAUCCAUGAUAAGAUGUUCUUCUGCAAAAGAUUGCUGUGGAUAUGUUGUCUUUGUGCACGAUGAUGAAAGGAAGCAAUACUUCUGGCUGUUGACAUGCUUUUAUCCUUCUCUUUGUGACAAGAAUUCAACAAAUGCAACCUUUGCCUCUGUUACUUUUUUUUAUAAAUAUACAAAAAUAUGAAAACAGUUACAAUCAAGUAGUUAGUAAGAAAACACCACACUGCAGUGAGAACAUUCAUCAACCAUAUUUAAAGGCCUUAGGGGUUAAUUGUUAAAAGUUAAUGACAAGCAUUACAAUUGCUUCACG